AUGAGGACGCUUCUGCUCUUCUGUUCUAUCCUUCCUUAUUUAUCAGGUUUGUCAAUAUUUUUUUAACAGUUGAAACAGUAAUAAUGAUUAAAAAAACUCAUUGUUUUUCGCUCUGAAUUUUUUUAAUCUGGAUCAUGUGCUUCAUAUUGAAACCGCGUUCUGGAAUCAAGGUGAUAAUUUUCAGAAUUCGGUGUUUUUUUGAUUGUUUGAUGUUCCUCAACCUUCAAAUUCAACUUGAAACAGUAAAUUAGAUUGAAGUUGUUCAUCUUUUUGAACGGUCUAAUUCAUGACUUCAACUUCAUUUUGGGGUUUUCUGAAAUCCACGAAAAUUUUAUAUAUUCUUCAAAAAAACUUCAACUCCAUGUAAAUAAAGUUUUUUUCCUAUUAUUCUUCAUUUUAAACAUUAGAAAAAAACGUUCUUCAGACUUUCAAAAAAAGCCUGAAUUUGGCAGCUUCAUGUUUAUUGCACUUCCUUUCCAUUUCUUCACAGAAAGAUAUAUUACCCGCUCUUUUAUUUUGUCCCUCUAAAAGUUUGAAAGCUUUCGAAAACAAAUAAAAAAACCUUAUUUGUCCUUUUCCUUCGUUUCAAGCUGAAAAGGUAGAUUUUCCCAAGGCAAAUUAUCUCCCACUUUUUUUGCUUUCCAUUCUUUUUCCGCACUGACAAGACAAACAAAAAGGCUUGCAAAUUUUUUGAGCCAACAAAUAAAACACGGGAAGCAUUAAAUCUAAAUAAUUUUGAAAUAAACUGUUGCUAAAAACUCAUUUAUACCAUCAAGAGAUUUCCGCACUUUCAAAAAAUCAAGUCGAUUUUUUUUUGGAAUGCAAAAAGGUCAAAAGUUUGACGUGGGGUGUUCAAUUAGAGCUGAAACCGAUUGGCAAGUUAGGAGCGCCGUUUUUUGCUAAUUGCCUUCGAAAACGAACUCAUGUAUCUUCGUCAAGCUGUUUGGCUCGUGACCAAAUCUACACUCGCUCACUUUCUCAAGUUUUUUGCUCUUUUUCUAGAGAUUUGAAGCAGAAACAAAAAUGUCACGUUUUAGAAUUUAAGGUUUGCUUCGAAGAACUGAAGCAAGAAAAAAUUUGCAGACUCGUGUGUACUUUUCCUGUCAGAAGCUUGGGUGAAAAUAUUUUCGAUUUUUUUUUUCGCAUAGAUAACUAACCUGCGAUCCGUUUAGGUCUUUUUUAAAAAAUCUGAAAUGAAAAAUGGCUCAAAAACUGUUAAAAACGAGCAUUUUACUAUAAAAAGCAAAAAGGUAUGACCUCUACCAGCUUGAAUUUCUUCCCAAUUUUUGAGUUUAUCCUAAAAAUUUGAAGCAAAAAGGUGCCCAAAAAAUGCUCAAAAAAAGUUUCUGCUCCAAAAAACCGAAGUAGCAAGGAGUCUGACCUUCGUCCGCUAUCAGCUCGACCUCCGCUUGAUUUUCCUUUGAUAUGGCACCAAGGCGCGAAUAUCGAAUAGUUGCGUCAUCCUUUCACUCACCCGUUCCUUAUUAUAUUUAUCAUCCAACCUAAGGUUUCUUUGUUGUGUCUCGUUUUUUGCUGCCUCUUGGUUGUUUUCAAGUUUGAAUAUUUUACGAAAUCUCCCUCUUUUCACAGCCUUUUUUCGAUUUUUCGCUUGACUUUCGAAAAAGUUUACCUUUCUCAUUUUUGGAAACACAAAAGAGAAAUAAACGCAUCGGCAGGAACAAAAACGGCCGGCUGAAUCAACGUCGGCCCCUCGGGAAGCUCGACGCCAUUCGUCUAAAAAAAACCAGCGAGCCUCUGAAUUUUCGUGGAAUUUUUUUUGGGACAAAAAAAGAACAGCUAAAUAUUUGAUGCGUGUCCGCCCAAACGUUGCUACCAGUUGGGCGGAAAAAAGAGAAAAGUGCGAAAUUUUUGAAAGAUUCGCUUGUUGGGGUGUAUCGAAGACUUUUGUGAAAGAAAAUCAUCGGAGGAGUAGAAAAGUUCUUUCGAAAGGUAAUUUAUAUCUUUAUAAAACUACUCAUUUUUAAAAAUUUACCCUUAAAAAAAUCGAAAAAUCAGAAAAUAUAGCUAGAAGCUCAUUCGGUCUUUUUCGGUAUCGAAAUAAAUUUUUUGUUGAUUUUUUCUCACUGAAGCAAAAUUUGAAAUGUUCGAAAAACCACUCAAAAAAAAAACUUUUGGCGAUUCUAAAUUCAAAAAAACGCCUUUUUGGGUUAAGCCUGCCGCGCAACAUCAGAAGUCUUUUUGAAGGAGAAGAGGACGAAAGAAAAUUCGGUUACGUGUCGCCCCGGCUGUUCCGAUUCGCCGUUUUCAUGCGCUUUAUCUCUUUAUGCCUCUAUUAGGAUGUCAGAUGUGUGGGCCUUUUUUCCAAAAUCGUUCCAAAUAAAAGGUCAGAGUCGAAUGGAAUCAAAACUGAAUUAUUCCCAGACGCUUUCCCGGAUCCAAUCUCUCCAAAUGGACUUCUAAUCAGCUUUCCCAUGUUUUUUGGUCUCCGGAUCGCUUUUGUGAAUGGUUUUUUUUGCAUUAGGGCGCACUUGCGUUAAUAAGCCUCGUAGGAACGGCAAAAUGGUACAUCUGCAUGCAUUCUGUAGCGAGGGUGACACAUGCAAACCCACACAAGAUUAGUCAGCCCAGUUUCUUUUCUUUCCUCUCCCGACCCAAAAAACGUCUCCAUCCGGUCAACAUGAGUAUUUUUCUGUGGGAGAAGAUGGUUCAUUCACAGUCAACUUGAGAACCGAAUUUUUUUAGUUCAUGUCAAAGUCGUCAUCCAACUCUAGUAGGAUCUGAAUGGUGGAAGAAAAUAGUUAAUUCAGCAAAGGCUUGAAAAGGACAGCGCUGAAAAUUGAAAUUUUGCGUCAAAACAUUUUUUAAUUGAUGAAAAAUAUGCCUGCAACUUCUAACGCUUUUCAAGGCGGACUCAUUUCUAUCCUUUUUGUUCUUUUUAUCGAAAAUUCGGUAAAAGAUUUCAGAAGCAAGGCUAUAGACCAUGAAAGCUUAUUCAAGCUUUUUCCAUUUUUCCCAACUAAUCACUACUUUUCAACUAUUUUUGGCAUUUAAUUUCCUUGAAGCAUAAAUAACUUUCUGAAAGCCUGAAGCAAACUGAGUAAAGAAACAGAGUUUUCUUUUUGUUACUCGAUUUUUCUUUCUGCCAAGAACCUAUUUUCCCGAGUCGUUUUUUUUUCCUGCCUCAAGCACUCUUACCGGUCGUUAAGCUGUCAGAAUUUCGGAGUGAGCCUACCUCCAGGCCUCGAAAAAGCCCAUGAGAAAGGCAAGCGCAUUCGUUAGUGUUUCAAACAAGACAAGAGACGUAUUAGUAUUAGUUCAAAGCGCUCCGAGAGAAAGAGCCAAGAGGUCGGAAGGCGGCCAUUCAAGUAGGAUAUGAAGUGCUUAGCGCGUUGUUCAUUAUCUAAACGGCGACUUCUGUUCUGAAAAGCAGACAAGAAGGAAGCGGCUCGAGUGUUUAGAAGUUGUCAAAGCGCCGCGCAACCUGUUUGUCCUAAAUCGCCCCCCGACGCUAAUAUUCGACUGUCUUGCUCUUUGAUGAUGGGAAUUGGAGGAAUAACAAGGAUUUUUUUGACAAAAUACUUUCGAAAGAUGAAUUUUCUAAACCUCCAUGUGAGGAAAAUCGAAGGGAGUACAAAACAUGGCUAAGGGAAAACCUUGAGCGUAGUGGUUGCGACGCGGUUUGAGUGAACUUUAAAUUCACUUUUUAGCCACGUUUCCUACUUACUUUCGAUGCCAUAAUGCGAAGUCGUUUUUGGUCUGACGCGCGUGUUGUUUCGAAUGUUCGUUUACUUCUUUUGGUCGCGAUUUCAAAAAGUUACAAAAAGUCAUAAUUUCAUCAUUCUUUUUGUCCUUCUAUUCAAAGAACUAACUUUUAUUAGAACUUCUGUUUUUGACCAUACAUGAAGAAUUUCGCAGAAUAGUGAUUCACUUUUCCUAUAACUCUGCCUGACGCGAACGAUUUUGCAAGCCUUGCCCGUUGGAAACUUCUCGACGGCGGCGCCAGUAAAUAAAGCGCAGAAGAAGAAAAAAUAGAAAGAUUCGAGGCUCGUGGAGCAAAUAACUAACUCGGGAAUGAGCAGUAGGUGGCACAUCGGCCGCUCGAUGUUUGCCUCAUGGAUUAUCUUGUUGCCCCGCAAUUGACAAGUACAUACUGUUCACUUAAAGGAGCUAGAACAAGAAGGAGUGGACCAGCAAAAAAUGUGUAUAAUAAUCAAUAUUUGAAGAGUAGUAAAACUUGCAAAAAGGAAGCAUUGAAGAAAAAGCGCUGAAUUUCGAUAACCCUAAAAUUCUUCAAAAAAUGUCUUACAAUUCUUUAAAAGCCAGUUUCCCAGUAAAGCACAUUCAAAACAACUUUCUGGAUCUUUGGAGGCACGAAAGUGAAAUUCAGACAAAAAUAAUCCUGUAAAAGGUUAUUUUUUCUUCGCAUUUUUAAAAGCCGCUUAUAACUUCAAGAUAAUUUGUAUUUGGACCGUGUUAAGCACGAUUUUAGGUCUCAAAAAAGUUACUACCAAAAUAGAAUAACAGUUUCAAACUUGCAGCAUGGAAUUUGGUGAUAACGCAACACGCCGACCAACUGCUCAACAGAAGGAGUGGCGACAACUUCAUGGUCGUUUGCAAAGUCAAGGAUUUCGAUGGAGCCGCUAGCGAUGUCAAGAUCGACUGGCAUAAGGAUGGAAAGACGAUUCCUCGCUUUGGAAGGUUUGAUUGAUCUUUUUGAGAUAAUUCUAAGGACACUAAGAAAAAAUUCUAACCUUAUGAUAGAACUGAAAUAAGCAGAGUAGAAUCACAAGGCUUUUUGUGGAAAAUAAGCUUUUUUCUCACUUAGAUCAAUUGGAAAAAUUGUCUGCCUCGAAAUUUUCUCAAUUUUUCUUAAUUUUCAGCACCAUGACCAUCGAAAGAACCUACUCAAGCCAGUUGAUGAUCAACCGACCCAAGGUGUCCGACGGCGGUCAGUAUUUCUGCAAAGCCGACGUCAAUGGCGAGGAGCAGGAAAUUUCAGCCACUGUCAGCUUCGUUGGUUGGUUUUUCUGAGUUUUUCUAGAAGAGCUCGAUUUUUCAGAGCUUUCAACUAUGUCAAUUCUUUAGAAGAAUUCAAUUUUUUUGCACCAAUAAAAAAAAAUUUCGAAAAUUCUACUUGGUCGAAAUUUACCUCCUUUCGAUUGUAACGCUUUUCAAGACACUUUUAGGCCAAAAAACAGCUGUUCUUGGAACAUUAUUAGAAGCUUACGAGCAAUUGAAAUCGUUCUGCAAAUUUUCCUACUUCUUCUUGGUUUUUAUUUUUGGAUAACAGCUCAUUUUCAUGCACAAACCGCCAAAAAAUUCUAAUUUUUUUUCGAAAUGUUCACUUCGCUGCGAGCUAUCAAGAAAAUUGAUUCAUGAAUGGCCUUGUCGGGAAGCGAUUUCGCAAAUCUCGUACUACAAACACGCCUCGGUGCGCAACUCUUGGAGUGAAGGCAAAAGGGCGUUUGCCGACCGCUCCUUCGUUCCGUUCGAAUCCGUGUUUGCUUAGCUCGGCACUAGGUUGGCUCAAUAUGCCUCCGCUAACGUGUAGAAGCAUCCGGCAAAGCAUAUUGUAAUUAUAAAUGGGCCGGCGGUGAACAGAACAAAAAAGUGGCUGCCAUUGUUUUCGGCGACGGUUGAAGGUUGACUUUGUGAAUACUCGGGUCAGACCAGGCGGUCCGUUUGAUUGAGCCAAAAAAGGACCGCCACAGGUGGCUGACAGACAAAUUAGGACAAUCGUUUAGGAUGAGUAAUUAUUCUGUUCGGCAAGUACAAGUUCCGUAUUUUGGCGCAAGAGUACAAUAUUUGGCAAAGGUUUUCUCACGGCGGUCAGGAGAUUUUUUUUGGAGUUUUUGAAAAACGAAUGAAGCAGUGUCUGUAAAAAGAGAUCCGAAUUUAAAGUCCGAAGAUAAAAAAUCAAAAAAAAUCGAUUUAAAAGUUCCAGAGGCACCUCCAACUCGGGAAAAUGAAAAAAAAUUAGGCUUGAUGAAAACCAUUUCUUCAGGUUCUCUGAAAUUUCUUCCCGUUCAAUCGAUUAUAAACAGUGCUGAGAUUCAAUAAUAUCCUUCCAGAACCACCAAGAUUCGUCGACCCGCAAGAAGAACAGCAUCCUGAGGAAGGCACGCGUGCCGAAAUCGUCUGCAAAGUCGAGGCCGCCGAAGGCGUUGAGGUGUUCUGGCAGUUCAACGGCGCCACCCUUGACGACUGUACGUUUUUUUGCAAAUGUUUUUGAACGCAGUCUAUUCGGCGCCGUGUUGGUGGACACGCGAAGGAAAUGGUGUGAAUAAUUGAGCCGUGAGGUCAAAUAUUUUGAGGUUUUUGGAUGCUUUCGUGUUUAUCGUAGCUGGAAACAAAAAAUGACCAAGGUUAGCCCUUUUCGAAGUACAGGAUAAGAAGAGAAAAACUAUUGAAAAUUUCAGGGCUUACUAUUCAAAAAUACAGCAUUUUUAAUUCUUCAUUAAGUCGACUUUCUCGGAACAUUAACAAAAAAAAAGCUUCCAUAUAUCAAGUUUUGGCCUGCAGAAGGGUCUCAAAAAUGUGAUCUCUUUUGAAUAGAAGAUAAUCAACUUCUGAGAUGAGGGUCAAAAGCAAAUAAAGUCAAAUCUGUGAUUUUAACUAGAAAAAAAGUUCAGCCAUUCGAGCCAAUCUGAUGAAAUCUCAAUUUUUCUGUGGAGAAACCUCCAUUAAUCGGUUUUGACAGUCUAGUAAGACGAAAAUGACAUCGGGUCUCCCUAGAUUCAAUCAACUUUUUCAAGCUUCAAAAAGCGGCGAUCUUCUGAUCUUUUAUCCCAGAAGCUUCGAAGCUCAAGCAGAAGCUCAGUUUGUUCUGAAAAAACCCGAAUCGAUCGGUAUUGACGGUUUGGUGAGACAACUAUGACGCCGGGCUUGCACACACACGCCUCGGCGUCGGUGUUUCGAUCCUCGGCGCGGGUCUCGCAGUUGCGCAAUCGUGGCCGUCAAAAGAUAUGCGCCAGAGGUCGGACUCGCUUGCAUGAGAACAAAUUUUUUUUCUUGGUUUUUGUCUGAGAAUCUCCGAGCUUUUUCUUUAGGGAGUCGAGGAUUAAGCUGUCGGCAAGAUAUUCGAAAUAUUCGGAGUGAGCUUUGAAUUUGAAUGUUUCGGGCUUUUUUUUGUAGAAAGAUAAGCUGAAGUUGACAAUUUGAAGUUUGAAAGUCAAUAUUUCACGAAUCAAAUCUUUCACAUUUUUCAAUUAUUUUUUUGAAUUUUCAAAGAAUGCAGUUCAAGAGAUCAAAGGAAUCAGGAAUAUUAAAAAAACUUAUUAAAAGAAGUUCCGUAGAUCCAAAGCCCUUUCAAAAAGCUUGCGAAAUAGCUCGGAUUCGUUGAUAUGUUGAAACAAAAAAAAACUUCGAAACAAGACUUCCUUCCAAGUCCUCAUUCUUCCUCGCAAUUCGAACUCCGAAAACGUCUCAUUUGUCUUAAAACCUUUAACUAGUUGCGUUGCGGCUGCAAAUCCCCUAAGAUAAAUUGGUGAGAGCUUCGUUGAGAAGAAGGAGGAGUAAAGACGGGGCUCUGUUCCACGUUACGACUUCAAAUGACCACCACCACUCAAAGUGUUGGACUCACUUAAUUGUGUUGGCAAGGGUUUCCGACCCUUUUUUCUAUGGUCUUUCCGUGGCUAGGGAUAUUGGGGUACAGGUAGAGUAGAGAAGAAACAGCAAUAUUAUGAUAUUCAGUUAAGAAAAAAUUUUUUUAUGGAUCAACGCGGUGGAAAAUAAGAUUGAACUGUAAACUUUAAUGAAACUGUCGGAUUAAAAUUUUCGAGCAUGUCCUUCUAGAAUCCUCCGGACCUUCGAAAACUAGCAAAAACGGAGUUUUCUUUUUGAAGCCAAUUAAGAAAGUUUAGUCAAUAUAUUUUUGAACAGUUUUCGAAAAUUUCCGGAAAGCUCAAGCCAAAAAACCAACAGUAACACAAACUUUUGUGAAAUUGUCAAUCAAGCGCAAAAGCUGUAAGCUUGAAGGAUAUUUAUUCUUCUCCACCUGUAAGCCUGAAACUGGAUGCCCUCUCAGAGAUUUUCUUUAAGACAAAGAGGAUAAUAUGAGGGAUAAAUUGUGUAACGGCGAGGUCCGGCGCGUGGACACAUUUGCAUAAGGCUUGAACGAGAGGUCAAGCAUGCCGGAGAAUCCCUCAGGAAGGUCCGAAGAUCCACUAGCCGUCUUCUCGUCCGGGCUAAUCCUUUUGUGGUUUGGGGUCCAUGGUCUGGAUUACAGGGCGCGCCGUCGGAGGCCGGCCAUCUGCGUUUUGUUGCGUUACCGUUUUGAUUGCCGACCGAUUUCUUCUUCUUUUUUUUUCCAGCGGAAGAGCGUCUGUAACAUCUGGGGAUGAGCCAAUUGAUGCUAAUCCGUUUCACACCGUUUGGCCUUUCAAUUGAAUCGGCUUUUUGAGACAAAUUGGUGAUUUGUGUGGAUUUGAAAGAAGAGACAGGGAAUCGAAGUAAAUAACGAGAAAAUUAGCUGAACAAAGUUACUCCUCAAAAGAACAAAGAAGAAAUCAUCCAUGAAGCACGAAAGCAAUUUUUUCCAAGUUGUUAAAAGGCAAUUUUGUUCUUUUCGUGGGACUUAACUUGAACUCGAAAAAAUCUUUUCUGAAUAGUCGAAAUACGCAAAUUCAGUUAGUUUUCCCUUCAUUGAACAAUAUGUUCAACUUUCCGAAAAUCGCUAAAAUCUCGAGACUUCCAGGAGAAAAAUUUUGCAAGAGUCCAAACAGACGCAACAAACAACUUUAUUGGAUAAACUAAACUGCUGAGAAAAGUUUAGCGUAGCAAAUCGAACACGUGCAAGCAGUUUAUUGGGGUUUCUUCGCGACUGGUUAUAAAUGCAAGGCCUCCGUAGUUGUUGCGUAUUCAACGCAAAAACAAUAUAAUUGUGAAGAGUCCGUUUUGCCGUUCCUCACUCUCAAGCCAAAUUGGUUUAUUCUUUCUCUUCUUCCCAUUCGGUGCAGGCAAUCUGGGGGAUGGAGGUGACGUUUUCCGUCCGUUCAGCAGAGCUAAUUUUCUGCCGUUUUUUGGAUGAUAUGAGAGUGGAGGAUUAUUUAAUUGUGGGAAUGUAAAGGGAUCAGAAGCUUUCUGUGGACGAUUGGAAAAAAAUUCCGGGACAUUAUGGCUCAAUUGGUAAGAGUCAUUUCUUAAUGCAUUAUGGCCCCAGGAUUGAUUCCUAUAAAAGUUAAUUGGCUUUUCAAAGUUUUUUUAGAUCAAAAAUGCUGAAAAUUUUUAUAAAAACCAAGCAUUGAAGAUACAAAGCCGAAAAAAAAACUCGAAUCAUUUAAUUCCAUAUUGCAAGUCAAUCCCACACGUUCCUCCCUAUUUUAUUCAGUAUCUUUUGAACUAAUUUUGAUUGAGGAACUUUUGAGCUCUCAUUGAUUAUUACCAGUGCAGUUGAGAGUUAUUUCUGUACACAGAAACAAGCAAACGAGCAAAAACGAAGAGACGCGCGAGAUUUUGUUUGCCCUCGCCGAAUGGCACGUCAGAGGUUAACCACGAUCGGGCCAACUUUGCGGAACAUCGAUCCGAUUUUUUCGAUCGAUAAGGACCAGAAGUUGAAACUAGAGACAUUCUAAACAGAAAAUCAAGAGAAAAAAUGCGGGAAACUUGAAAUAAAAAUUGUAAAAAGUGGUGAAAUAUAACUGGUUGGAGUUUGCAAAAUGAUCCAAAUAAAUAAAAAAAUUUGAUAUAAAUUUCCGUUUUCAGCAUCUGCCCGAGGCUACGAAUUCAGCGACGACAAGCAAACUCUGAUUAUCCCACACUUUACCGCCAAGAAAGACGAUGGAGAGUACAAAUGCAACGCCGCUCAGUUCUCCUCUUUUGAGACCCUCAAGAUUAACGUCACUGGCUAUGGUUAGUAAUUUAUCUUCCCUUCUUUAAUCACAAGCCAAUAUCGAGUACAAGGACAGCUACAAAAAUAUUGUAGCAUAAUUUUGCGUCUUAGGGUGAUACGCUAGAAAAUUUUUUGGAUUGGAAAUAGGGGAAUAGGCUUCUGGACCUUAAAUUUUGAUUAGUUUUUCACGAAAAAAACGUGGUGAAGAUUAGUUUUUUCCUUACCAUUGUCCUCAAAUAAAAUAUACACUUCAAUUUUUCACGUUUUUUUAAAAGAAAAGCCUCAGAAACCACAGGAUUUUUUUCAAAAAUUAUAAUUAUAAUUCUUCACACCACAUGUUUCUAAUUGAUAUCUUCCACAAAAAAGAAGCCUGUAAGCUUCAAAUGGCGCUUUUUUUUGAUGAGAGCCGACAAUGGAGCGGCCGAUAUCUCGAUUGGCCAUCAACAGUUUCUUGAAAAAAAAUUGAGUCACCCAUUAAUUAACUUGCAGCGCGCCCCACAAUUACGGUCUUCGAUGUGCCAAGUGGCAACCGCGGCUUCGAGGGACACAAUGUCGAGCUCAAGUGCGGCGCCGUCGGCAAACCAAAACCAUCUUACAAAUGGUUUUUCGAGGUGGGAUUUGGACUUGAAAGCAUGUUUAUUUACUGUGAAUCGAAUUCGGCACACUUCUACUUUUCUCGGAAUAUUAAAGCCAAUGAUACGUAUUGAAGUUUUUUAGGACCGUUUUGAGCUGAGUGUGGCCUCUGAGAAAAACCUUUUUAGAAAGAUGAUGAAAAAUGAAGUUUACUAAACUUCAAAAAAGUUUCUCAUCACCUGAAAAAUAAGAUUUUCUGAAAGCUCUUUCGUCCGUUUUUCUUAACUUUAAUCUAUGAAACGUUUAAAAAACGUUUUCUCUUUUGAAACUUUCUGAAGACUCUCCUCGAAGUUUUUUUCAAGACAAGUGGGGAACGAACUGAACCUAACUCUUGCGCUGAAAGUCGCAACAAACAUUGGUAGUUUGGAUUAGAGAGAGAAUUUUUCGUGUUGAUCUUCGGAAAGACAAAAAAUGGUUUCCACAGAGGCUCUAUUUCUCGAUUUUUUAUGCCGAUGAAAAAGACUGAAUUUGUCGAAGGCAUUAGCUCAAAAUUACUAAAAAAUGUUGAGAUUCUGAAAAAAAGAGAAACCUUAAAAAAGGUCAAAUUUUUUUUCAAAAUGCCCAGAACAAGUUUUCUCCGUUCAAAAACACGUGCCAUUUUUCUCAACAAUGCGGCGGUUCUACAAAACCAAUGCGGUAACCUGAGCCACCAGCGCGCGACCAUCAGGUACAAAUAUGGACGAGUAGGGGAAAAAAGUGCCGCCGCCCGCGUUUGUCCUGCGACAAUUACCUUUUUGGGCAUAGCCUCUUGGGGAUUCGAAACCAAGAGGAGGUGGUUAUUCAUCAAGUUGUUCGCUUGAAGGAUUAUGCGUGUCUUUUUUCGGAAAUUGGAUCUUGCUGAAGUGUAGGAUAUGAGAAAAUGUGGGUGUUGCUAAUAGAAGAAGUUUGAGGUUUGAGGUUGGUGAACUGAAAAAAAGUUCAGAGUGCAAGAUUUUCAGUUUGAAAGACAUGGAGGAUCAAGAUAAUAUUGAAAAAAAAAUGAAAAAUGGCUGCUUCUUGAAUAAAUCAAUUUUUUUAUAAAAAAAUUAAUACUUCUCAAUGGUUUCUAAGAGUUUGUUAAAAAUCCCGUAAUCAAUGCAUUCGCUGCUUUUUUCGUUUAAAAGUAAAUUAGGAACUUCAUGACCCUUAUUUUUGGCAAACUUCUAAUUGAAUGCAGAGUCAGACCGAUUUGCGAAAUAUAACGGUUUUUCGAGAAUUUUUUUAUUGAAAGGAAACUUUUUUUAAAAACUUUAGUCUGAUUUCUCAAUAAUUUAAGUCGUUCAUGAACCUCUAAGAGCUGCAAAAACAGUAGAACUUCAAGAAAAAUAACUUCAAUUCGCCUCAAUUUACUUCAAAGUCAUACUUUCCUCCGAGUUUUCAUAAGCAGACUUUGAAAUAAAUAGCUAUUUUUAGGUCCUCAAACCCGGAAAACCCCUCAAAAUUCAUUUUUAUGAGAAUAAUUCGCAACUUAUGCUGUCAUUCAUUCACUAUCUUAUUCAUGAAGACGUGUUAUUAAACGCACCUACACCACUAUUAGGGCAUAAAUAUUUAAUUCGCCGUGACAGAUGUGGCGCGACUUUGGGAGUUGUGUGCCAGCAACAACCUGUCGAGUUGACCUCCCAGAAGAAGGAUAAUGACCAUCCACUGGGACUUUCUUUUGUUCUGAAGGUGUGACAGACACGCGACAAUGUAUUUAUCACGCAAUGUUAUCUCGCGUGAGAAAUCUUUUGGAUCUGGAGACAAAAGAAGAUUUUUGGAAUCUGUCAAGAGAUAGAAUUUUUUGAAGUUUUUGUAGGGUCUCUGAAUUUGGAUAUUUAAUUUCAGUUGAGAUGAUUGAAAAUUGAAAAUUGACAGUUUCUCAAAUUUUCAAAUUAUAAUUAAUAGUUUUCUAUUCACACUAAGUUUUUCAUUUCUGGGAUUGUUUCAAGCUUCCGAAGACUACAUGAAAGGCUUGGAAACUGGUAUUUUCAAAAAAAUUAAUUUUAAGAGAAAACAAAGACAUAUUUUGCGAGGUCCCAUUUUUAUCGAGAAAAAAAAACAGUUUCCCACAAUUUUUUAUCUUUAGAGCACCCUUUCUGCAAUAACUUCACAGUAUUGUACCUUCAAAGGUUCCUUUCUAACUAUUAAUCGUUUAUUAGUACCCGUAGAACUUUUGAGAACCUCCUGAUUCUAGAAAAAAAUUUCCUUGCUAUAAAUCUGGUUUUCGAGUUUAGAAGUUUCCAAAGCUUGAAAUAUCGCUUUUUCGUCAUUUUUUGCGUAUUUUGCGAAUAUUGAACCUUCAUAAUUCGAAAUAAAGAACUUGGACAUCACAAAGUUUAGUUUAAGCUUGGAUGAGCUCAGACCUUUCCAAACAGUUUCUCAUCGUAAAUCUCUACAUCAACACCUCUAUUGGUUACUUUGCAUUUUCUCAACGAGCGACCCAUCUGUCAAGAUUUAUAAAUAAUACUUCAGUAGGGUAUUGACACCUGUCAGGUGUAUAUGCAAAUGAGCAUUCAGUGCAACUGGUCCUCUUCCUUUUGUAUAAUGGGAGGGCUCUCGGGGAGCUCAAUCUUGACAAAACAAUGGGUUGAAUGGCAGCCGGACAACAGGUACCCUCAAUGACACCAACUAAUAUCUCGCAAAAAUGAGCGUGAGGUGUGAUGAGGUUAACCGUGGCAAGUCAACCCGAAAAAAACGUCCAUGACCUUUUGUGCGCUCCACUGCAUUGUCAACUCUAUUCUCCCCAUAUUCUAAUGAUAGAGGGAUUUUCUCAAGUUUUGAAAUUUUUUCGUAAACAUUCACGUUUUCAAAGUUUAGAAAGAAUUUCAAAAUUUUAUAUGGAAAACUUUCUGAGCAAAGAAAAUUGUCUGGUUCAAGAAAUGAAAAGCUCUCGAAAAUAAGGAAAUAGCAUAUUUUUUUUUGAAGGAGGAUUGGUGAGAUCAUUCUCAGAGAAGAUUGGCUUUCCGAGUCCUAAGAAAAUUUCAACUGUUUCAAAAAAUCUUGAGACCGAUUUUUUUCAAAUACCGGUUACCUUCAAAAAUGAAUUCAUUUUCACUUUGAUGAUUGAACUUUUGCAAAAACCUAAAUUUCAUCAAUCCUGAUUCCAAAUUAGCUCCAAUUUCUUCUCUCCCAAAACUUUCCCAAUUACUGUGGCGUUAAUCAAGUACUCCACAUCUCUGUUCAUUGAAUAAGUUGGCCAAACAUGGCAAUGGAUACCUCUGAGUAAAUAAAUCACCUCGUUGAGCCCUUUUUUCUGUUUGCUCAACCAUGAAGAAAAAAAACUUUGAAAAAGUUCACCCUUAAUAAUCAAAUUGGAGGCCUACUCGUACGUAUUAGGUUACUACAUACACUAUAAACUCCUCCCAUUUCAAAUUGGAACAGCAUUUGGCGGAGCGAAAAAGGUUUGAAUUUCAUGCCGCUUGAGCGCGAGGAAACGAGUUACACACUUAAUGCCAAGCCGAUCGCAAAUUUUUUUCUCCUUCUGCAAAAGGACUUGACUGGACUUUGAGGGGUUUUCGAGAAAAAUUCUUAGAACGUUUCAAAGUCAAAUACAAAUUAGAGUUUUUCAUACUCUUCCUGAUAAAACUCGAAAUUCUCUGGUCGCAUAAGAAAUGGCUUUGGAGAGGCUUUUUUUAAAAGUUUGUACUAGACCUCAAUAUUUUUAAUUCCACAGUUCCAAGCCGUUUCGUAGUCAAAUGCAAUUAUAUUGACCUUUGAAUGAUAAAUCCAAGUUACGAAAACUAGAUAUGACUAAAAUAUUUCGCCUGCUUUCUUCGUCCGUCUUCAAGCGACUUUCUUCUAUGAUUGAGGAAGACCAAAAGACGCAAGCUGAUUUAGGUCGGGCGCACAAAAAAAAAGAAGCAGUUUAAGAUAUUUUACAAACAACUUCAAGUGUUUCAAGUAAAUUUUGAACAAAAAUUUCUUUUUUUCAGGACCAAGAAGUCCUUGUGGAGGAUUCCGACAAGUACAAGGUUGAAGAAGGUCUUCUUAUCAUCGAAUCUUUGGCCUCGGAUGAUGCUGGAACCUACAAAUGUGUAGCUAACAACACUGUCGGUCAGGAUGAGAGAGCUUUCGAACUUUCUGUUUACCGUGAGUUUUCUUUCUCAAAUUUCAAAUGCAUACAUUUCCUGUUUCAGUCCGACCCAAAGUAGAAACCGUUGCUGAGGUUGUGAAAAAAGACGGAGAGGAUGUCGAAAUUGUGUGCAGUUAUGAGGGAGAAGGCAACCUCGAAGUUAAAUUCGUGCACGGCACUGAGGAAUACACCGUAAGCGAAUUUUUCGGAGUUGUAGAAAAAUGAGAAUAAUCGUUCAGGUGAAGCCAGAAGAGCCAAAAGAGCUUCCGCGCGAAGAGAACGACAACGACGAGGACAGCGAAGAAAAUAAUGAAGAGGAGACGACCUCGGCUUCCGAGACGUCAUCGGAAGUCGAGACGACGACUGCUGAAGCUGAAGCUGGAGCUGAAGUCAGCCAAGAAGAGCUCGAGCUCGCCACUGACCACGCUGUACCAGCCAGCGAAGAAAAAACCGAAGCUGACGAGAACGAAGAUAAAGAUGAAGCUGAAGAAACCAAAAGAUGGAAAAGAGUUGGUUUUUCUCAUAUUCUCCCGGAAAAUCUUGUCCUUGUAAAUUUGAAUCUGUUCGCGCGCAGGUGGCAAAAAACGAGAUUUUCCAUCCGAAUGUUUUGUCUCUCGCCACGUUCCCUUUUUUUGGCUUUGUGCUGUCUUUGUGUCCAUCCGCCGGAAUGACAAUAGGAACGACGUCAGAUGCGUACUCGCAUUACCUGGGAACCUCAGGCAAAAUUUCGUACAAGAGAAGGGGAUCCCAAGUGAUUUUUGAAGAGAAAUCAAAUUUAUCCAGUUUUUUUUCAAGCCCAAAUUUUCGUCUACCAAUAAUGACCUCUCCCCAAUAGAAAUAAGAAUCUUCAAGGGCCAGAAAGUCCUAAUGAGCUUCUCAUUAGCGUCCUCAUUCACAAAAUGAUGUCCUUUUGGAUAAACAUUUCUAUGAAACGGAGCCCUUCGCGCCAAUUUGUGUUGAGUUUCCGUUCACACGGCAAAGAAUAUGCAAAUCUGAAGAAGAAAAACAGGGAGGUUUGUUUGGGAACACGCGCCGGAUUCACACAUCUGUCACCGCCGCGCGGAUUACCUCGAAACGAAGCGAGAUGAAGAUGAUGGUGUCAGAUUGAAACGGGAGUCUGGUUUAAAGAGGGGACAAGUAGACUUCACUGUUGUGGACAGAUUAUUCUUAGGAUUUUGAACCAUGAAUAAGUCGAGUAAAAACAUUUAGGAGAAAAGAACAAAUCGAACAUUUUGAUUAUCAUAUGAUUAACAUGACCAUGGCCUAUCUCUCCAAAAAACAGAACCAAUCCAAAACUCACAUUUUUUUUCAGUUCUCCGACGACGUCGACAGCGAGCGUGUUUCUGUGCGACAAGAGGACAAGAAGUUGAUCCUGACCAUCAAACGUGUGACUUUGGAAGACGCUGGACCGUACCGAUGCCUGGUAUCCAAUGAAGCUGGAGCCACCAACCGAAGCACUGCUCUUAACAUCAUUCGUGAGUUUCUUUCUGUUAAAAAAAAAUCACUUUUUCCCAAAAAUGUUGAGGAAAAGUUGAUUGGAGAAAAGGAAAAAUCUAUUGGGAAACUUGUAUCUUUUCCCUUAUAGUAAUACUUCUUCUGCUUUAAGUUAGAACUUUUAAGUGAGGUUACCGUUCCAACCUUAGUAAUCUCAAAAAAUCAUUAAUUUUUGAAAAAACAAUCAAAAAAAUUUUUAAUACAAAAUUGUUGAUAAAAUCUAAUUGGAAACCAGAAAGUUUUUUCAAAGAGAAUAACUAAAUUUAGUUUACUGUUUCAGACCCGCCAACACUCCGACACUAUUCCGGACCCCGAGUUCGUUCUUUCGACGGCAAUACCAUCACAAUCUUCUGCGAUGUCUCGGCUGUGCCAGCUCCAGUUUGGAAAUGGUUCAAGGAUGGUUCGGAGGUCAGUUUUUGUUCCAAAAUUGCUCCCCUAUCUCAAAGUUUCCUUUCAGGUUGAAGCCAACGGCGCUUCGGUGCAGAUCGACUCCCAUGAAGGCGUUUCCAAAGUCACUCUUCAAAACAACGAAGGAGAAAACUAUGGAAAAUACACGUGCAAGGCCGACAAUGAAAUUGGCGUGUUUGAGAAGCAAAUCGAAGUAUUGCAUGUCGGUCAGUUUUUUUGUUCUUUUUUUUCCUGGUAGCUUGAAAUCUAAUACUAACUGCAUACAAUGCAGCUCAAUUUUUUGGCAAACACGGAAAACAUUGUGAUUUUUAAAAGAGCGUCAGGGAUUAUUUUCAAAAAGCAGGUUUUUUGAGACAACUGCAGAGAAAAUUUUUCAAGUUUCGGUUAGAGAAAUAUCGAUUGAUUUCUUUUCUAACUGUAAAUCGAUUUAUCUUUACCAGGGAAGAAAAAAAGAGUGAGUCAUUUUUGAGUAUGGGAAUACAACAAAGAUAGUUAAAAUCAGGAUUGCAACCAAAAAUUAUUCUAUACGUCAUUUUUUUAUGUUAGUGUUAAGAAAAAAACCGAAUUAAUUUUUACCAGUUGAACCUUUGAGAAAAUUUUUUUCCAGCUAUUUCUAAAAUUUUCAUUUGUUGGAUCAUCGUCCAUCGACAAUUGUCGGAAAAUUACCUUCAUAAGGCUCUCUAAACAGGCAUUUUCUAGUGAAACCAUCACCGCCAACCGGAAUCGACUGCAAAAAGUUGAUCUACCCCAAUUAUGGCCGCUGUUCUUUCGAAGAAGGUCUUUACGAAGAAGAAAACAGCCGACCUUUGCACAUCGAGUUCCUGGUUUCCAAGGUCGACGACAUGGGCAGCGAUUUCGACUGGAAAGAUGCUCUUCCCGUCAAAGUUGAAUUCGGUGAGAUUUUCUUUCCUUUUCACAGUAUUUUUUUUCUUCAGGCAAUGAGACUACUAUCCCUGACUUGGCGCCGAAUACUCAGUACUUGGUCAAGGCCCGAGCCGUCAAUGAAGCUGGAGAAAGUGAAUACACACAGGAGACUGCUCUUGAGACUACUGAUCCUUGGGGUUGGUUUUUUGAGAGUCCUGACAGAAAAAAUGAAAUAUAAUUAUAAAAUUGAAAUUUGGGGUUUCAGCUCCUCAAGCUCCAUCCGAAGUGCGAAUGGAAUGCAGCGACACCUGCACCGUUUCCUGGACUACACCUAACGACCACGGAUCCCCUAUCACCGGCUAUCGAGUCACAGUUCAAGAGCUGGAGAACCGUGAAGAAGUGAAGGCCGCCAGCAGCGAGGACCAAGAAGAAGAAACUGAGGAGGAGAAUAAGAGCCAAGAAAAGGAAGAAAAGUCUUCUGAAACCAUCUCCGAAGAAGUUGCUGAACACAUUCACCACGCUGCGCAAGGACAUGCGGCUCAUACGCUAGAUGAAACGACGGCAGAGGCGGAAGCUAAGAGUCAAGAAGUUGAGGAAACUGAAGAAGCUGAAGAAACUACUACGACUUCUGCCGAAGCUGAAGAGCCCACAACGAUCGUCGAAGUUGAAGACGAUGAAGAUGAGAUUGAAAAAGAAGAAACAACUCCUGAAACCGCGACUGUCGUUGAAGAAGUCAUGGAGAAGAUCCAUCACGCUCCCUUGACUGCUGGAAACGAAAAAGUUCUUGUUGGUCGUCCGUUUGUUGUGGAGGUUUGUACGUUGUGAAUGUUAUAAAACAAGAAAAUUACUUCAGGUCGGAGCUGGAGAGAGCCAACUUGAGCUGACGCACAUCAAGCCCCACACUAUCUAUCGCGUGGCUGUUGCUGCCAUCAACGCUGUCGGCCAGGGAGAGCCUCUGGAGAUCGAGCACAAGACUGAUGGUUGGUAAAACAUCAAAAAAUGAAUAAAUAAAAAGAUAAAUAAAAAAGAAAAGAAAAUAAACAACUUUUGACGUCAGAGCAGCCGUUUUUUGACAGUUUUGAAACAGGCUUUUGAUGUUCUGGUAAGGUGCAUUUAGCUGAUGCCAAAUAGCGCCAGCCGUUUGAAGUUGGGCGCACGGAGAAAAUCAUAGUUUGUAGAAUGCCACUAGACGCAAGUCGCUUCAGGUCGGAUGCAAAAGCAAAAAUCAGUGAUUAUUCAGCAAGGCUCUCACUUUUCGGAGUUUAAAUUUGAUUUCAAAUCCUCAAAAGAUUUUCCUCUAUCUUAGAACACAAGUAGAUUUCACUAGUGACCGAUUUUCAAAAAGUGAAGUGUCAAAUAUUUCAGAUUCCCCGAAAGCAGCCGUUGAUGGUCUCCCGACUCACAGCAUCCUGUUGGCGGCUGGAGUUGGACUUUUUUUCCUGCUCCUCGUCAUCGACUUCAUCUGCUACCUGACCAACCGUUGUGGCUUCAUCGCCUGUGUUUGCCUCAAUUGCUUCGGCCGAUCGCCUUCUGAUCGUAAAAAUCGCGAUCUGGAAGCCGGAAGGUUGGUUAUUUCUUCUUUUCCUGGAUUUUUAUGUAACUUUUUCCAGGGGACCGGAGAGCAGCCGAUUGCUCGAUAACUCAGCGAGCAGGUAA